GGGGGCUGAGCCUGGGCGCGCCUGUGGGCGGGGAGCGUCCCGGAGCCCCUUGCUAGGAGUCAGCUAGCUCUUCGCGUGGCAUUCUGGGAUGCGGUGCCCAGACUGACUUUGACCAAUGGGAUGUGGCUACGUCACAAGCGGCGCCCCCCAACACAGGCGUCUAUCAGCCCAGCGUUCCCGUGCUGGGGCCACGCGGUUCUGCCCGCUGAGCUCCCCUACCCAGGCACGAGGCCUGCGGCCCUCCGACAUGGUGGACUACUCCCAGGUGAGGCCAUCAGGAAGGCGUACCGCAAGCUGGCCCUCAAGUGGCACCCCGACAAAAACCCGGAGAACAAGGAGGAGGCGGAGAAGAGAUUCAAAGAGGUGGCCGAGGCCUACGAGGUGCUGUCGGACGCCAAGAAGCGGGACGUCUACGACCGUUAUGGCCAGGCCGGGGUGAGCGGAGGCGGCGGCGGCGCGCCCUUCCACGACCCCUUCGAGGACGUCUUCAGCUUCCGCGACCCGGCCGACGUCUUCAGGGAGUUCUUUGGUGGCCGCGACCCAUUUUCCUUUGACUUCUUCGGAGACCCGCUUGAGAACGUUUUCGGGGGUCGAAGGAGCUCCCGGGGAAGCAGAAGCAGAGGGUCAGCACCGCUUUUCUCCACCUUCAAUCAGUUUCCAGCUUUUGGAGGUGGUUUUUCCUCUUUUGAUCCAGGAUUUUCGUCCUUUGGCCCCCUGGGAAAUGGGGGCCUUUCUUCCUUCUCCAUGUCGUGUGGGAGUGGUGCGGCAGGCAGCUUCAAGUCCCUGUCGACUUCCACCGAGAUAGUUAACGGCAAAAAAACCACCACCCAGAGAAUCAUUGAGAAUGGCCAAGAAAGGGUGGAAGUGGAAGAAGACGGAGAGUUAAAGUCCCUGAUAAUAAAAGGCAAAGAGCAGCUGCUCCACAUUGACACCAAGUAACGCCGUCUGUCUGACUCCGAGGCACAUUUGAGGAAUUGCAGGACCUAAUUUUAAGAUUGCGCGGGAACUCCACUUUCAGAACACCUGCACCCAAGAAUCUAUAAACAGUACAUGCCAGCACCGUAUUCAUUGUUACCGUCAGAACCACACGAAUAGACUUCUUUUUGUCUUUAAAAUUGUUGUAAAUAUCUGUAUGAAUUUUGCUCUUUAUUAAACUUAAUCCUGAGGCUUACCACUGUUUCAUAGUGCUAGGAAGAAAUGCUCAUCACAGCACCUUGAACGUUUUUCUAUUUGGAGCACAUAUGGCAAAAGAUUUGAGUGUAUUAGGGCCAUUAGGUGGCAGGGUCAUUAAGGCGCUGGACU